AUGUGGCACAGGAAUAACUUCGGGGUUUUGUUGAUCUCACUCUUGCUCCUACGUGUACAUGCGGCUUUUAUUCGCCGUUUGGACUGCAGCCCCUCCGAUGAUGCGUUAGUCGAUCAUAUCUUUGAGCCACUUUCCUUGAGAGGCUAUCUAGACACUAAACAUGCGAACAAAACAAUAUUGUCCUUAACAUUAAGCGGCGAUUAUGAGUCUCAUAAUUGUGACGCCUUGGGCGGCGCAUUGGCACGUAUAUCGAUUGAUGCAAGAGUACUUGGUCGUUCGGUCAUUACUGAUGACCGCCUGUUGGAUUCCAGUGCUGACUGCCCGGAGUUGUCUCCGAUCUAUUAUCCGAGAUCCGAUCCUCGAACGUACGCAACGUACCGAGCGUCGUACUCAUUGGACCAUGCGUAUCGCAUGAACACCUUGGCAACGACCAUCCGCCUUCGGUUGAAUGACACCGAUAUUUCUUGUAACGCCGCCAAUAUCACCCCGUACAUUGGCUCAACAGCAUCGGGGGUCUUGAAGGGGGUCCCCCUAGCCAUUAUGAUUCUCACCGGGGUCAUAAACGGCACCCUCAUGAUUUGUCGAAGCCGUGGACGGAGAGCUUUCCGGUACGAGCUCGCGAAUGCAUCUCGAGAUCCAGCGGAAUCUUAUCUCCCGGGGAUGGGCGACUGCUUGCAGUACAUCCAGUUCAUCUUUCUGACUGGAUGCCUAACGCUAUCUUAUCCCGGAUACUUUCGCGCAUCAUUAGGUGAGCUCGCCUGGUCAUCACUGAUUCUAAGAAAUUGGCCCGUCACACAUAAAUUCAUCUAUCCUGGGGUUGAGGACAAUAUAUACGCUGUAAAUGCAACUUGCGGCUUCGAAGAGAUGGCCCAAUACCUGGGAGCAACGACAAUGAGUGAUCUCUGGACCAACGCCAUCGUCAACCUAGCCCUAGUGAUACUCGGAGUCAUAGUGGCAGCCCAACUCGCAUGGUUAAUCAAAUCGGCCUGGCAGCUGUUUCCAACCCGCUGCUCGACUCACAUGUUAGACGUUCCAACGGAAUUCCUAACUCACAUCCAGCACACGGGCUGGAGUGUCGCACGGGUCCUCUUGAACUACUUCCUCCUUCCCAUCGUUGCCUUAUCUCUCUACCAACCACUCAUGGCCACAUGGUACCCCGUUUACCGCACAUUUCUCGCUGUGUCCUUCGUCGCGGCUCUAGCCGUAUCACUGGCCCUCAUAGUCCGGUACUUGGUCAAGAACGACCGACAAAACAAUUUCUUCCACAAGGGUUCCUACCCGAGAAAUUCGUCCCAAGACUGGCUUUCUGAUACUUUAUACAUGGUCCCGUUCCUGAGGGGGUUAGCUAUCGGCGCUCUUCAGACCUCCGGCCUCGGUCAGAUACUCGUUCUCCUAUCGUGUGAGAUCUUCAUCUUAGCUUGUCUGCUAUGGAACUGGCGAGCGCAACGGGCGUGGAGACAUGCUUGCUUCGCAACUGUGCGGCUCGUCAUCAUCGGUAUGAGCUGUGCCUUUCUCCCCAGGGCUGGCGUGCGCGAGGGAAACAAGGCCUUAGUUGGGUACUUUAUCAUAUCCCUACACGCCGCCGUCCUGGUCACUGCAUUUAUCGUCGAUUGCCUUUACGAGAUGGUCCGCUUUGGCCUGUCUAAGUUGGGCAUUCUUGAUCCCCGUUCAGCAGACCUGGAUAAUCACUCCGAUAAGGCUCCUGUAUUCCCUUACACACAACGACCCUCAACCCCUCGCCGACCAUCCUUCCUAGGCGACUUGCCAACCAGAGACGAAUACCCAUCUUUCUUCCGACCCCCCAGAUCAGAAACCACCUCCAUCCGCUCAGCAUGGAGUGUCGUCUCUCCAUCGUCACCAUCUCAGUCUGAAAGUGAAUCCCGUGGGUCUAGCAUGGAAUCUGUGGAAUUGGAGGCUCUUGAUUUGGAGUCUAAAUCAAGUGAAGGUGUGGAUUAUUCUUAUCGCGAGGCGGACCAGUAUUAUGGUCGGCCGCCGACUUCUGUACGGGUUGUUCAAGGUGUGGUGCCGAGUCAAGGUGAAUCGUCGAACCAGGGGAAGGAGCAGAAGAAGGGACCUUGGAGGUGGAAAAGGAAGCAGAAGGAGAAGGGAUUUGAGGUUAUUAGGCCGAAGCGGACGGAUACUUAG